AUGGCACCUGUCACUGACAAGCUUGCCCUUUCUUGUUUCAGGAGCAGGCAACCCAGCAGAGAAAUCCCCAGUCCCACCAAACGCCUCCACUCGAAACGCUCUUCCAUCAGCGGCGCUCCAAUGCUCAGCGCUUCCUCCCACAACAACCACUCUCUGUUUUCCUUCGGCCGCAGUGGUACCGUUCCCAGCCCUGCUCCGCUAGAACAAGACUCCCCCGCCGGCCAGUACGACUUUCUCCCCCAGGUCAGCUUCGAUGAUCUCCAGAGCAGCUUAGAAUCCGCCUCGGGCGACUUCACGUUGACCCAGUUUCCCUCCCCCACGGGUGAGGGAAGCAUCUUGGAGUCCCAGGGGCUGGCAGCCAGCAGCGCUCGGGACGAGACCAACGUCUCACACAACGGCACAAUGACGCGCAUCGCCAUUCAGCACGGAAACCAACAGCCCCAGCCCCAAUCGCAGGCCCCGACGCACACGGGACGGUCACGGACGGGCUCAAUCCUCAGGAGGCCCAGUGUGUCUAAUCGACAGACAAGCAUCUCCUCGACUGCGUCGAACAUGUCCACAGCCAGCGAUAACAACAGGGCUGGGGGCACUAUCCGCCCACGGCGUCAGAGCCAAUACCCUCCAGUCUCAAAUAGUCAUAUUCCAAAACAGCAGCCGAGGAAGUCAAUCGGCUCCGGCGUUUUUGACUCCGCGGACUCGAACAAUGGUCCCUCUGUGCGUCGGGUCCCCAGCCAGACGACGAAUGUGGAUCGGACUGGGCUGGACUCAUCGCGGUCAUCAGUCGACGGAGGGAAUCAUUACAUCGAUACGUCUCGCAAUAUGACUGCAUCCAGAGCCGCAAAGCUCAAGACAAUCUCGCAGCCUCCGCCGCCUCGGUCAAUCAACACAAAUGCGUCCACAGACAGCAAUACCUUGUCGGUCGAUCAGCAUAGGUCUUCUACGGGAUUCCCGAGCUCCCCCAGGGGUAGCAAAGCGGGAUCCAGUACUCCUGGGUCAGGAUCAAGGCGAAUGUCGAUAAUGCCGGGCCAACAACCACAUGGCCACCAUGCGUCUGGACUCGGUGCAAGAACCGUGAGCCCCACUGAUGCGCAACGAAUGAAAAGACUCUCCAUCAUGCCCAAUUCCGCUAACAGCUCCAUGAUCUUGGAGCCCCUGCCUCCUCCCCCGUUGAAUGAGCCCCGACCAUCUUCACGAUCACCCUCGAUGCUUCCACGAAAGACCGCGACACCCUCCUCGCAGAGGACGACGCCCGACCCCAAUAGAAAAUCGUAUAGUUCCGGGAUGUCUAUCGGGUCGACAACAAGCUUCAACACUGUGAGGACGUCGACAGGGUCGCUGCAGCCUCGCGCUCCGCCGACUGGUGGCUCGCGUUUACCGGCUCCCAAGUCCGUACCAAAUCUCCCGGCUUCCGGGCAGGAUGAACCUGAAGACGUGCCUCCCGUGCCCGCGAUCCCGAAAGCCUACGAAUCGCCGAAGGACUCGCCCGCUGAGCUGCACUUCUUGGACAAGAAAAAGUCGAACCUUACACUUGACGCGAGUAGUAUUCGCAGCACGUCAACAGGAAGUCUCUCUGGUGCACCGGUGCAAGAAGCAACGCCAGUGCAGCGCAAGCCGAGCACCCGGAAGAUGGUCCCAAGAACAAGUCAAGAUCCGGAGAAGAAGGCACAACCAGUGCAGCAGCCCAGGAAGAACUUCAAAUCCAUGAACUUGCCGCCACUCACCGUGGGACCCCUGAGCACCCCGACGGUGAACAAGAUCGCCAGGUUACAGAAUGACCAAGGAGGCCAGGCGCCAAGAAAUAUCAGCUCCCCGCCGGCGCGGCAGACGGCGAAGACCCCGACCACGCCAAUGACGGCCUCGAGGAGCACCUUCUUCUCGAAGAAUCGGAUGGAGAAGGAACUUUCCCACUUCCGCAGCAGCAGUUCUGUUCAUCAAAGCCGGAUAGAGAGCCCAUUGGUCCCCGACACCAGUAGCUCGGAAUCCAUCAGCGGCAGUAUGAUGAAACCCUCCGUCUCUCCUUACCUUUCCUCGUCCGUCCCCAAAGAUGGGGCAUUCGAACAAGCAUACUUCAAGAGGUCUCAGACCGGCACUGAAAUACGCGACACAGAAGAAGUUACAAACAACAAUCCGAUUGUCCAAUCAAAACCAUCAGGGCCCCGAGCCCAAAGGCAGCCAUCCAAAUCCAUUUCGAAACCCCCGAUCAUGGCGACUCCCAAGUCCCCCGUACAGCAGUCCAGCCCCGAGGAACCGACCACACCGUCAUCGAUGACCACUUUGAGAAGGAAGCUGAGUUUGUCUUGGAAGCGCAGUAAUUCCAAAGCGGCCACACAUGCGCAGGAGAAGUCCGCCGACAACGUCAAACACGACGCGAUGCCACCGCCUCGACUUCCGGUCUCAGCUACAACGGGGAAUAUGGCACACAAGUCCGGGAGCCCGAGCAUAUCAUCCAAGCCGAGCUCGUCUUACCUCGAUUCAAAGAGGCGGAAGAGCUCUGCGUCGAGCCUCAAUGCUGUUAUGGCUCACGAGAGGAAGCGAAGUGAUGCUACGCAGGCCACGACGGUCAGGACAGUCAAAAACACUGCUGACGGUGCAGGAAACCGCCCAGCCGUGUCUCAUUCCUCUUCGGUCAUGCACAAGUUUCUCCGAUCUAAGCCAUCAGCAGCUUCCGUACGGCAUCCCGAUGUUUGGACCGCCGAUCUGGAUAAGGAUGAUUUAAUAGCAGAGGAAGAGAUGAAGAAGUUGGGCAGCCGACGCAAGGAAACGGAGCUUGCGGCGAAGACACUAGAUGCCCUGCGUAAACGCGCUACGCCCAAGGAGCGUGUCAGCCCUCAAGACGCGAUCCGCAUAGCGAUGCUCAACAUCUACGAACGAGGCGAGAUCAUCGAUUACAACGAUAUCUACUUCUGCGGCACACAAAAUGCGCAGAAGGUUGUUGGAGACCUCAAUUCAGAUGUGCCGAACUUUGGCUAUGACGAUGAACGUGGGGAUUACAGCAUCGUCACAGGAGAUCACCUGUCCUACCGAUACGAGAUCAUUGAUGUUCUUGGAAAGGGAAGUUUUGGUCAGGUCGUGAGGUGUAUUGACCACAAGACUGGUGCUCUUGUGGCUGUCAAAAUCAUCAGGAACAAGAAACGGUUCCACCAGCAGGCCCUUGUCGAAGUCAACAUUCUGCAAAAGCUUCGCGAAUGGGAUCCGCAAAACAGGCACAGCAUGGUCAACUUCACACACAGCUUCUACUUCCGUGGGCAUCUUUGCAUUUCUACGGAGCUUUUGGAUAUGAAUCUUUACGAAUUCAUCAAGGCGAAUGCGUUCCGCGGCUUCUCCUUGAAGAUGAUCAGACGUUUUACGAAGCAGAUGCUCAGUUCUCUUAACCUCUUGAAGCAGCACAAGGUCAUUCAUUGUGAUCUCAAACCCGAAAAUAUCCUUCUACGGCAUCCCUUGCACACAGAGAUCAAGGUCAUUGACUUUGGGUCAAGUUGUUUCGAGAACGAGAAGGUGUACACCUAUAUCCAGUCCCGAUUUUAUCGAUCACCCGAGGUUAUCCUGGGAAUGUCAUACGGAAUGCCCAUCGACAUGUGGAGUCUCGGCUGUAUUUUGGCUGAGCUCCUGACUGGUGUCCCGAUUUUCCCAGGCGAGAACGAGCAGGAGCAACUGGCCUGCAUUAUGGAGGUGUUUGGACCACCAGAGAAGCACCUUAUUGAGAAGAGCACACGGAAGAAGCUUUUCUUCGACUCGAUGGGCAAGCCUCGCCUGACAGUUUCCUCCAAGGGCCGAAGAAGACGUCCCUCAUCCAAGACUUUGCAGCAGGUGCUCAAGUGCGACGACGAGGCGUUCCUUGAUUUCAUUGCCAGGUGUCUCAGGUGGGACCCGGAUCGACGCAUGAAGCCUGACGAGGCUAUUCGCCACGAAUUUAUCACCGGCCAGAAAACCUCUGUUCCUGUCGCACGAGUUAUGAACCGCGAGCAAUCCCCGAUCAAGCGUCACAACACGAUUUCUACCCCACGGCCACUCCCAGAACCCCCCGCCGCAGCCACAUCUAUGAGGGUCAGCUCCAGCAUACGACCCAAGGACCCGACGACUAUCCUUGGCUCGCCUGCGAAAGCAAGUACGGGUACUGUGCCAGGGUCUAGGAGGACGUCAGGUGCAAUUGGCGUACCUCCGAAGCGCACCAGCACUGGCACCACUGGCCCUAACGGCGGACCUCUGGGCAGCAAUCUCCCUCGCGCUGCAGGCCGGACUGUUAGUGCUAAGCAGGAUCUCGCGAGCGCAGGGGCGACCGCUGCAAUGAGUCGGAGAGCUGGCGUAUGA